AUGUCUGCACCAGUUCCUGUUUCUUUUAUGGGAAGGCCAGGUGUUUCUUCAGCACCUUCAUACGAUGCAAAAUCACAAAUUUUGUCACAACAAGAAGAGAGGGCAUUAACAGACAAAUCAAAGAAAUGGAAACAAUUACAAUCAAAACGUUUUGCAGAAAAACGCAAAUUUGGAUUUGUCGACUCACAAAAAGAGGAAAUGCCUCCAGAACACGUUCGCAAAAUUGUUCGAGAUCAUGGCGACAUGACUUCCCGCAAAUACCGCCAUGACAAACGUGUUUAUCUUGGAGCGUUGAAAUACAUGCCUCAUGCUGUUAUAAAACUCAUCGAAAAUAUGCCAAUGCCAUGGGAGCAAAUACGUGACAUCAAGGUUUUGUAUCAUAUUACUGGAGCAAUAACUUUUGUCAAUGAAAUUCCUCGUGUUAUUGAACCUGUGUUUAUUGCACAAUGGGGAACUAUGUGGAUUAUGAUGCGAAGAGAAAAACGUGAUCGAAGACAUUUUAAGCGAAUGCGUUUCCCACCAUUUGACGAUGAAGAACCGCCGCUUGAUUAUGCGGAUAACAUUUUGGAUGUUGAACCUUUGGAACCAAUUCAAAUGGAGUUGACUGAGGAAGAAGAAGGAUUGGUGAAAGAUUGGCUUUAUGAUCAUAAACCUUUGGCUAAAACAAGAUUUGUCAACGGAGAAUCUUAUCGAAAAUGGACUUUUACAAUUCCAAUGAUGUCUACACUUUAUCGUCUUGCAAAUCAACUUUUGACUGAUCUUUUGGAUGAAAAUUAUUUUUAUUUGUUUGACCUAAAAUCGUUUUUCACUGCGAAGGCUUUGAAUGUUGCAAUUCCUGGAGGACCUAAAUUUGAGCCUUUAAUAAGAGAUAUGACUUUUAAUGAUGAAGACUGGAACGAAUUCAAUGACAUCAACAAAGUUAUUAUUCGUUCUCCAAUUCGGACAGAAUAUAGAAUUGCGUUUCCCUUCAUGUACAACAAUUUGAUUAGUGCUUUGCCUGUAACUGUUUGUUGGUAUCACACUCCAUCAGUAGUUUAUAUUAAAACUGAAGAUUAUGACCUUCCAGCUUUCUAUUUUGAUCCUCUUAUCAAUCCAAUUGCGCAGAGACAUACUGAACGGAUGCCAGAACCUUUACCUGAAGAUGACGAAGAAGAAUUUCAAUUACCCUACUCAAUGCAAGCAAUGUUUAGCGAAUUUCCUCUUUACACCGAAAAUACAGCAAAUGGAAUGGCAUUGAUUUGGGCACCGAGACCAUUCAAUACACGCUCUGGUGGUACUCGACGAAUAAUUGAUGUACCUUUAGUUAAAACUUGGUAUAAAGAACAUUGUCCUGCUGGAAUGCCUGUCAAAGUUCGAGUUUCUUACCAAAAGUUGUUGAAAGUUUUUGUGUUAAAUGCAUUGAAACAUCGACCUCCAAAGCCACAGAAAAAACGUUAUCUUUUCCGUUCUUUCAAAGCUACAAAAUUUUUCCAAUCUACAACACUUGACUGGGUUGAAGUUGGAUUACAAGUUCUUCGUCAAGGCUAUAAUAUGUUAAACCUUUUGAUUCAUCGAAAAAAUUUGAAUUAUCUUCACUUGGAUUAUAACUUCAAUUUAAAGCCUGUAAAAACGUUGACAACUAAAGAACGUAAAAAGUCUCGUUUCGGAAAUGCUUUUCACUUGUGUCGUGAAGUUUUACGUUUGGCAAAACUUGUUGUAGAUGCACACGUACAAUACAGAUUAAAUAAUGUGGAUGCUUAUCAACUUUCUGAUGGACUUCAAUAUAUUUUUGCUCAUGUUGGUCAACUAACUGGAAUGUAUCGUUAUAAAUAUAAAUUGAUGAGACAAGUUCGUAUGUGCAAAGAUUUGAAACAUUUGAUUUAUUAUCGAUUUAAUACUGGGCCUGUUGGCAAAGGACCAGGCUGUGGAUUUUGGGCACCAGGCUGGAGAGUUUGGCUUUUCUUCUUGAGAGGAAUCACUCCACUUUUAGAACGUUGGUUAGGCAACUUGCUUUCACGUCAAUUUGAAGGGAGACAUUCCAAAGGUGUUGCAAAGACUGUUACAAAACAACGUGUAGAGUCACACUUUGAUCUUGAAUUGAGAGCUGCUGUUAUGCACGAUAUUUUGGACAUGAUGCCCGAAGGAAUCAAACAGAAUAAAGCUAGAGUAAUAUUGCAACAUUUGAGUGAAGCUUGGCGUUGUUGGAAAGCAAAUAUUCCUUGGAAAGUCCCAGGCCUGCCUACUCCUGUUGAAAACAUGAUUUUGCGUUAUGUAAAAGCAAAAGCAGAUUGGUGGACAAAUUCAGCACACUACAAUCGUGAAAGAGUUCGUCGCGGAGCAACUGUGGAUAAGACUGUUUGUAAAAAGAAUUUGGGACGAUUAACUCGUCUUUAUUUGAAGUCUGAACAAGAACGUCAACACAACUAUUUGAAAGACGGUCCAUAUGUUAGUGCCGAAGAAGCAGUCGCAAUUUAUACAACAACAGUUCACUGGCUUGAAUCUCGUCGUUUUUCACCAAUUCCAUUUCCACCACUCUCAUACAAACACGACACAAAACUUCUUAUUUUGGCAUUAGAACGUUUAAAAGAAGCAUAUUCAGUCAAGAAUCGUUUAAAUCAAAGUCAGAGAGAAGAGUUGGCAUUAAUUGAACAAGCUUAUGAUAAUCCACACGAAGCUCUUUCAAGAAUUAAACGUCAUAUGUUAACGAUGCGUUCAUUCAAGGAAGUCGGAAUUGAAUUUAUGGAUCUCUACAGUCAUUUAAUUCCUGUCUACGAUAUUGAACCUCUUGAAAAAGUUACUGAUGCUUAUUUGGAUCAAUAUGUUUGGUAUGAAGCCGAUAAGCGACGUCUAUUUCCAUCAUGGGUUAAACCUGCCGAUACUGAACCUGCUCCGUUAUUAGUCUACAAAUGGUGUCAAGGAAUUAAUAAUCUUCAAGAUGUUUGGGAUACUGAUGAAGGAGAAUGCAAUGUUUUAUUAGAAGCUAGACUUGAAAAAAUGUAUGAAAAGAUGGACUUGACUUUAUUGAACAGAUUGCUUCGUUUAAUUGUUGAUCACAACAUUGCAGAUUAUAUGACAGCUAAAAACAACGUUACAGUGAAUUAUAAGGACAUGAACCAUACAAACUCUUUUGGAAUCAUUCGAGGAUUACAAUUUGCAUCAUUUAUCGUUCAAUAUUAUGGACUUGUUUUGGAUUUGCUUAUUCUUGGACUUCGUCGAGCCAGUGAAAUUGCUGGACCGCCACAAUGUCCAAACGAAUUUUUGUCAUUCGAAGAUGUCAUUGUUCAGUCAUGUCACCCAAUUCGUCUUUAUUGCCGUUAUAUUGACAAAGCUUGGAUCUUCUUCCGAUUUAAUGCUGACGAGACAAAAGAUUUAAUUCAACGCUACCUUUCUGAACAUCCAGAUCCAAACAAUGAAAAUAUUGUUGGAUAUAACAACAAAAAGUGCUGGCCUAGAGAUGCUCGUAUGCGUUUAAUGAAACAUGAUGUUAACCUUGGACGUGCUAAUCGGCUUCCUCGUUCUCUUACAACAAUAGAGUGGGAAAAUUCAUUUGUUUCUGUCUACAGCAAGGAUAAUCCAAACUUGUUAUUCGAUAUGUCUGGUUUUGAGGCUCGAAUUCUUCCAAAAUGUCGAACUGCCUCUGAUGAUGUGACAGCAAAUAGAGACGGAAUUUGGAACUUACAAAAUGAGAUCACAAAGGAACGAACUGCCCAAGCCUUCUUAAAAGUUGAUUCAGAAUCGAUGGAAAAGUUUCAUAAUCGUGUUAGGCAAAUUCUUAUGUCUUCUGGUUCAACUACUUUUACUAAAAUUGUUAACAAAUGGAAUACUGCGCUUAUUGGUUUGAUGACUUACUACCGCGAAGCUGUUGUAAAUACACAAGAAUUGUUGGAUCUUUUGGUAAAAUGUGAAAACAAAAUUCAGACUCGAAUUAAAAUCGGUCUAAACUCAAAAAUGCCUGCACGUUUCCCUCCUGUCGUCUUUUACACUCCUAAAGAAAUCGGUGGUCUUGGAAUGCUUUCUAUGGGGCAUGUGUUAAUUCCUCAAUCAGAUUUGCGUUGGAUGCGUCAAACUGAUGCUGGAGGUGUUACACAUUUUAGAAGUGGAAUGACUCAUGAUGAAGAUCAAAUUAUUCCAAACUUGUAUCGCUACAUCCAGCCUUGGGAAGCAGAAUUUGUCGACUCACAACGUGUUUGGGCAGAAUACGCACUCAAGCGACAAGAAGCAAAUGCACAGAAUCGCCGUCUUACUUUGGAAGAUUUGGAUGAUAGUUGGGAUAGAGGAAUUCCUCGAAUCAAUACACUCUUCCAAAAAGAUCGAAAUACACUUGCUUAUGACAAGGGAUGGAGAGUUCGAACAGAAUUUAAGGCUUAUCAAAUUUUGAAACAAAAUCCUUUCUGGUGGACACAUCAAAGACAUGAUGGAAAACUUUGGAACUUGAACAAUUACAGAACUGAUAUGAUACAAGCUUUGGGAGGUGUUGAAGGAAUUCUUGAACAUACACUAUUUCGAGGCACUUAUUUCCCUACAUGGGAAGGACUUUUUUGGGAACGUGCAUCUGGUUUCGAGGAGUCGAUGAAAUUCAAAAAAUUAACAAAUGCCCAACGUUCUGGAUUAAAUCAAAUUCCAAAUCGUCGUUUUACACUUUGGUGGUCUCCUACAAUUAAUAGAGCAAACAUCUUCCGUGCUCACUUAUGGCAGAAAAUUCACGAGUCUGUUGUUAUGGAUUUAUGUCAAGUUUUUGAUCUCGAGCUUGAUCCUUUAGAAAUUCAAACUGUUCAAAAAGAGACUAUUCACCCUCGUAAAUCAUACAAAAUGAAUAGUUCUUGCGCUGAUAUUUUACUUUUUGCCCAAUAUAAAUGGCACAUUUCUCGUCCAUCCCUUUUGGCUGAUACUAAAGAUGUAAUGGAUAAUACAACAACACAAAAGUUUUGGUUAGAUGUUCAACUUCGUUGGGGUGAUUAUGAUUCUCACGAUAUUGAACGUUAUUCUCGUGCUAAAUUCCUUGAUUAUACAACUGACAAUAUGUCUAUAUAUCCAUCGCCUAAUGGAAUCUUAAUUGCAAUCGAUUUGGCAUAUAACUUGUACAGCGCUUAUGGAAAUUGGUUCCCAGGAAUGAAAGAAUUAAUUCGUCAAGCUAUGGCAAAAAUAAUUAAAGCAAAUCCUGCACUUUAUGUACUUCGUGAACGUAUUCGAAAAGGUCUUCAAUUAUACUCUUCUGAACCUACAGAGCCAUAUCUUACAUCGCAAAAUUAUGGAGAACUUUUUAGCAAUCAAAUUAUUUGGUUUGUUGACGAUACUAAUGUAUAUCGUGUAACUAUUCACAAGACCUUCGAAGGAAAUUUAACCACCAAACCGAUGAAUGGAGCCAUUUUCAUUUUUAAUCCUCGAACAGGACAGCUUUUCUUAAAAAUUAUUCAUACAAGUGUUUGGGCUGGUCAGAAACGUUUGAGCCAGGUUUCUUUUAAUUUUUGCCUUUUUAUCAUUAUUUUGAAGUUGGCAAAAUGGAAAACUGCUGAAGAAGUAGCUGCAUUAAUUCGUUCAUUACCUGUUGAAGAACAACCCAGACAAAUUAUUGUAACACGUAAAGCUAUGCUUGAUCCUUUGGAAGUUCACUUGCUUGAUUUUCCAAAUAUUGUUAUUAAAGGGUCAGAAUUAAUGCUCCCAUUCCAAGCUAUUAUGAGAAUUGAAAAGUUUGGUGAUCUUAUUCUAAAAGCAAAUGAACCUCAAAUGGUCUUAUUUAAUCUUUAUGAUGAUUGGCUUAAGACAAUUUCAAGCUACACAGCAUUUUCUCGAGUUAUUUUAAUAAUGCGUGGAAUGCAUAUAAAUCCAGACAAAACAAAAGUUAUAUUAAAACCUGAUAGAACAACAGUAACAGAAUCUCACCAUAUUUGGCCAACAUUAUCAGAUGAUGAAUGGAUUAAAGUUGAAUUAGCAUUAAAAGAUAUGAUAUUAAAUGAUUAUGGAAAGAAAAAUAAUGUUAAUGUUGGUUCAUUAACACAAUCAGAAGUUCGAGAUAUUAUUCUUGGAAUGGAAAUUAGUGCACCGUCACAACAAAGACAACAAAUUGCUGAAAUUGAAAAACAAACAAAAGAACAAAGUCAAUUAACUGCUACAACAACCAAAUCUGUUAAUAAACAUGGUGAUGAAAUUAUUUCGGCAACUACAAGUAAUUAUGAAACACAAACAUUUUCUUCAAGAACUGAAUGGCGUGUUAGAGCUAUAAGCUCUACAAAUUUACAUUUACGAACUCAACAUAUUUACGUCAAUUCUGAUGAUGUUAAAGAUACUGGCUACACAUAUAUUUUGCCCAAAAAUAUUCUCAAAAAAUUCAUAACAAUUUCUGAUUUACGAACGCAAAUUGCUGGUUAUAUUUAUGGAAUUUCUCCUCCUGAUAAUCCUCAUGUAAAAGAAAUUCGUUGUAUUAUAUUACCACCACAAUGGGGAACACAUCAAGUUGUACAUUUACCAAAUCAACUUCCACAACAUGAAUUUCUGAAAGAUUUGGAACCUCUUGGAUGGAUGCAUACUCAACCAAACGAAUUACCACAAUUAUCACCACAAGAUGUUACAAUGCAUUCAAAAAUUAUUCAUCAAAAUCAAUGGGAUGGUGAAAGAAGUGUUAUUGUUACUUGUAGUUUUACACCAGGAUCAGUAUCUUUAACUGCUUAUCGUUUAACUCCAAGUGGUUAUGAAUGGGGACGUAAUAAUACUGAUAAAGGAAAUAAUCCAAAAGGUUAUUUGCCUUCACAUUAUGAAAAAGUACAAAUGCUUUUGUCUGACCGUUUUCUUGGCUAUUUUAUGGUUCCGUCGUCUGCUGUUUGGAAUUAUAAUUUUAUGGGUGUUCGACACGAUUCAAAUAUGCAAUAUGAUGUUUGUUUAGCAGCUCCAAAAGAAUUUUAUCAUGAAGAUCAUCGACCUUUACAUUUUCACAAUUUCAAUGUUUUUGAAGACCCAUUGGGAGUUACAACUGCUGACAGAGAAGAUGUUUUUAUGGCGACAUAAAAAAAUGAUAUUUUGCAAACAAAAAUAUUUGUAGUAUUUUUUAAAAUUUGUUUUCGUUUUCAGACAGUAAACACACUUUUUCGUUAAAACUUAAUUCAUUUAUUUUUGAAUAAUUUCCGUUUAAUGACGGUGAAUAUUUUUUAAGAAUUUUGCUAAUUUAAUUAUUUCUAUUUCAAAUAAUUUACAGGUUUUCUUUAGUGUUCUUUAUCGACAUGCGUCUUUCUGUUCAGGUUUUGGGGUUGUCUCUUUGGGGUUUCUUUGGGUAGUUGUCCUUUGGGGGUUUUUUGGGUGAGAUAUCUCGUCGGUCAGUGCCUGUGAGUUUCUUGUAGGUCAGUGCCAGUGAGGUAUCUUGUCG